GGCCAGGGAGCGGUGAUGGACAGGACAAGUCGGGGCGCAGCGGGAGCCGCCGCUUCACCACCAUUGGGCGGGUUUUUGCAGCGCUGCGCGUGUGUUAAAAGCAGCAGCUUGGGCGGUCGACGGCGGUCAAGCAACUCAGCCGCCCCCGCCUCCUCCUCCUCCUCUUGACUCCUCCACGGCAAUGGCGACUCCAGGCCUGCCCCUCCCGAAGCUCCUGCCCAAGUGGGUGGACGUUCAGACGGCUCUGAUGCUUCUCUUCCUCCUCCUCGUCCUGCUGCUGCUGCUCGUCGAUGUGCUCCGCACCCGGAAGCCCAAGAACUUCCCGCCCGGCCCCUUCGCCUUCCCCUUCGUGGGCAACGUCUUUCAGAUGGACACGAAGGAGCCCCACGUCCACUUCUGCAAGCUUGCCGAGAAGUAUGGAGAUAUUUUCAGCCUGCGACUAGGCGCCUCCAAUAUUGUCAUUUUAAAUGGUUUCAAAGCAUUUAAAGAGGCCAUGAUUCAUCAGACGGACAUUUUUUCUGGACUACUGUCAGAACCAAUUUCUCAGGAAAUUGGGAAAGGAUACGGUAUAUUUUCCUCCACUGGACAAGUUUGGAAAGAGCAACGUAAAUUUGCAGUAACAACUUUAAGAAACUUCGGUGUUGGUAAAAAAUCUUUAGAGGGAAAAAUACUGCAGGAAAUUAAGUACCUGAAUGGCGUAUUUGAAGAUGAGAAAGGACAACCAUUUGAUCCACACUACAAGAUUAAUGUUGCAGUUACAAACAUCAUCAGUUCCAUUGUGUUCGGAGAGCGAUAUGAAUACAGUGAUAGCAAAUUUCAGGAUCUACUCCGAUUGCUUGAGAAAUCGGGAGAAAGCUUUGGACACUCCUGGACCCAGUUGUACAGUUUUUUCCCGACUAUUCUAAAAUAUCUCCCAGGGCCACAUAAGACCUUGUUUGCCUUGUGGGACAAUAUACUGCAAUUUAUCAAGGAAGAGAUCCAGAAGCACAAAGCGAACUGGAACCCAGAAGAUCCCAGAGAUUUUAUUGACUGUUAUCUGGCAGAAAUGGAAAAGGGUCUUCCUAAAAUUGGCUUUACUGAUGAAAACCUAAUUUAUUCAACAUUAGACCUUUUUGUCGGUGGAUCAGAAACAACAACAACCACACUUCGUUGGAUUCUGUUGUACAUGGCAGGAUAUCCUGACAUUCAAGAGAAAGUCCAUGCUGAGAUUGACAGUGUCAUUGGCCAAUCUCGAGCCCCUACAAUGGAGGAUAGGCCAAAUCUUCCUUAUACAGAUGCAGUCAUUCAUGAGGUACAAAGAAGAAUGAACAUAGCACCUCUGACUGUUCCCAGGUUGACUACCAAAGACACAAUAGUAUCAGGAUAUUUUAUACCAAAGGACACCAAAUUCAUUGUAAAUCUUCAUUCGGUAUUGUUGGACAAAACCAUGUGGGAAACGCCUGAGAAAUUUAAUCCAGAACAUUUUCUGGACAGUGAUGGGAAACGUGUGAACAACGGAGCAUUUGUAGCUUUCUCUGGAGGUAAACGCAACUGUAUGGGAGAACCACUGGCCAGAAUGGAGCUGUUGCUUUUCGUCACGUCGCUCCUGCAGAAGUUCAGGUUCCAAGCUCCAGAUGGGGUGGAAAUAAGUUAUCAGUCCAUUUUGGGUGUGACUGUCACUCCAAUGCCUUACAAAAUAUGUGCAAUUCCUCACUGAGAGGGAGCACUGCUAUCACUACUUUUACCUAGCACGCUGACGGAAAAUUUAAAUUUUUGGUUUAUUAUUUUGCCACUAUAAAUAAGUUGUGAAAACACAAGAUAAAUAGUAACUUCUCACUACUAACAAAAGAGUGCCUUGUAUGUUGAAGACAACGCUUGCGAAACAUUGUGAUAAAACCUAUAAAUCUAUCAAUGUAAAAUCAUAGAAUCCUACAGCACAGAAUAGGCCUUUUGGCCCAUUAACCAACAAGAAGGCAAGUUGUAGUGUUGUAGAUUUUCCUUAUUUUGAAUAAAUGUUGUGGCUAAAUGGUUGGGUGGUAAUAUCUGCUAUAAAAACACUCUACCUAAUAGUUAAUUGUUCUUGAUCGUUAAAUUGUGUGGCUCAACUUUUACCUGAGAGAAGCAAUGAAGGAAGAUGUGCCUUCGGUCACUCUCCCUGUACUCCACAUUCACCAUUGGGUGGGCAUUCAGUCCCUCUGCCUCCACCCUCUGGAACUCCUGCUCCCACUUCCCACCCUGCCUCCUUCAAGACCCGUCGUAUGACCCCAACCCUCCCCGUCCUCCACCCCUCCUGAUCCCAACCCCCAGCUCGAGUGCAGAUCCCUGAUUGUUAUCAAGAGUUCGCUGUUUUAACCAAAACAUUUGAAAAUAAAUUGGAAUGGGCUGAAAGAGAAAAGAAUUGGGUAAAAGACAUAGGUAUAUAGACAGAUGAGUCUGAGGUGGAUGAAAGCUGAGCAGUAAUUUUGUGUUGGGGAGAAACUUUGGUGAAUAAAAUAAUUGUUUGAGGCAUAUCUGCAGUUAGAGAUAUUUUCCGACAACAGACUUAUUGUAAAGAAUAAUGGCGAUUAAACAAUAAUUAAAUGUAUCCAACUUCACACUAUUUGCAGGUGAUUCAUUCUUCCUAUGUUCACCCAAUACAUAAUCAAAAUCAUUGGAAUUAUGCUUCUAUUCAGCAGAUCAGGCAAUAAAAUUUUAACUUUGUAACGAUUCAUGUAUUUGAAAAGUGCCUUUGCAUUCGAUUAUCAUACAAUAAAAAGCAUUAAAUUUUAUGUACUAAA